UCAGGGCUCGAAUUAAGCACUCGCAAACAGGCCAUUUGCGAGUACAUUUUAAAAAACACGUCUAAAAUGCGAGUGCAACAUUUAGAUACUCGCCAUUUUUUGCGAGUUGGGGAAAAAACAAACAAGGUGCUUAAAGAUCUUGGAUUAAAUACAAGAUUUGUUCGCCGAUCGAAAGUCUUCCGACCAAGUACGAAAAUAAUUAAACCCCGUCUAGUUUCGAUCUAAAAAUAGAUCUGAAAAUUGGAAUUACCCUAAUUUGCAUAAUGUAUUUCAGCGGUUACUUCCGUUCUAGCAGAAAUAAUUUUACGAAAUAUUUUUUAAAAUAUAUUUACGCUCUGCACUGUAUCUUUCUGCCGAUAUAGUUAGUAAAGAACAUUGAAAAUUAUAUUAUUGCAAUUGAAAGUAUGUUAUUCCCUUCUUAAGUGAAAAUUGGCGAUAGUUAUUCAGUAUGAAGUUUUUUUUAAAACGAAGCUCAUUUCGUUAAUUCCUCAUUCUUAUAAAUAGACGGAACACGUUUAGCAGACGAUUUAAAAACUCAAAAAUGUCGUCUACUAAAAAAAUAACUAGCUUUUUUGUGGCGAAUUCCUCCGUCUCCUCUGUGGAAGACAAAAAAGCCGAGGCCGAACCAGAUAAAAAGAAAUGCCGAAGAACUAAUCCCAGUCCCAAAACAGUUAAGAAAUGGGAAGACGAGCUAAAAAUAACUUUGAACACGGAGAGAGACCAAGACGGCAAUGUGUGUAAGAUGUUCUGCGAAAUAUGUGUGGAACACAGAGCUGACCAAACUUCGUCAUUUGUUACUGGCUGUACCUCCAUAAAGAAAGAAUCUGUGAAAUUCCACAAGGAGUCUGACUGUCACAAGAGAGCAGUUGAUAUCAAGGCUGCAGCUCAGAAGAAAACAGCCAAUAAACCCACACCGAUUCAGCAAAGUUUAAUGAAAUUAGAUGAGAAAGCGCAAGAUAAGUUGGAUAAACUUUUUAGGACGGCUUAUUUUAUAGCUUCACAUGCCAAACCAUUUACUGAUUUUGCUGAGCUGUGUAAGUUGCAAAAUGAAAAUGGCAUUGAUCUCGGUGAUACAUACAUAAAUGACAAGGCGUGUGUUGAGUUUAUUACGCACAUUGCUGGUUGCUACUUUGAUGAUCUUAAGAAAAUCUUACAUGACUCUCCAUUUCUAAGCAUAUAUUGUGACGGUACAACAGACAACUCAAAUUCUGAAAAAGAGUGCAUUCUAGUACGUGCUAUUGAUGACUUUGAACCAAGAAAUUUCUUUUUAAAACUGGUUGAGCCUGAAAAUACGAAAGCAGACGGUAUCCUGAAAGCUAUUGAUGCUGCUUUUGAUGAGUUUGAGAUGCCAGACUAUAAAAAUAAAACAAUUGCUAUGUGUUCAGAUGGUGCGUCAGUUAUGAUGGGUGGUAGAAAUGGUGUUAUUCAGAACAUUCGUGAAACAGGAAAUGCGCCUUGGAUCCUAGCAAUAUGGUGUAUUGCUCAUCGUCUAGAGCUUGCUCUGAAAGACUGCUUUAAGCAGGAAUACCUUCAAACUGUUGUUGAUGUGUUGACCAGUAUAUUUUAUUUCUACAGAGGGUCAUCAAAGCGCUGCAAGGAAGCUGCAGAGAUAGCAGAAGUCAUGGAUACCCACUUUACCAAACCAGAAAGAUGCAAUGGGACACGAUGGGUAGACCACAAGCUAAGAGCAAUUAGUAAAUUGAUAAAAAACUGGAAGGUGCUUGUCAUGCAUAUGAUGAAUUAUGCUGAGGACCAUUCUAAUGGUUCUGAGUAUAGGGCUAAAGCAAAAGGAAUAUUAAAAAAGAUGAUGCAGUUCAAAUUUCUUUGGUAUAUCCACUUUAUGAAAGAUUUACUUGGUACUAUCUCUGCAGUUUCCUUGCAGUUUCAAAGAGAAGACUUGGUCCUUUCAAGUGCUUUAACUAAAGUCCAGAGUGCUAAUGAAAGCCUUCAUGAUUUAGGUCAGAAUGAUGGAGAGAACAUACAGUCAUUUAGAAAUAAACUAGUUGGUAAUGUGUAUGAGGGUGAAACAUUGCACAAUGUGGUUGAUGAUGUAUCUCUAAACAAUGAAAAACAAAGACUAGUGCUCUCUGUUACUGAUUGUAUAAAUGUAAGGUUAGGAAACUUGAACACAGAUGAGAUGUUUGUCUCGUGUCACGUCUUUGAUCCCAAAAACUGGCCAGAUGAUCAGCAAGGAGAAGCCUUGAAUAUAUAUGGGAAUGGUGAAAUUGGCAUUCUACUUAACCAUUUUAGAGAACCAAUGCUCAAUGCAGGUGUUGAUGAAAAUCAAGUACUCAAUGAAUGGAAAUAUUUAAAAUUAUACAUUUCAAGAAACCAACACUUUACUGGCAAAAAUCCUCUCAGUAUAUACAAGCGUAUUAGCCGAGAAGAUGUUGACAGGAAAGAGUUCUCCAACAUUCUUUUGCUGAUUCAUCUGAUUGGUCUCUACCCCCUCAGCAAUGCUGAGUGUGAAAGAUGCUUUUCUGUUAUGAAAAGGAUAAAAAGUGAUUGGCGAUGUUCACUAAGCACUGAAAGGAUGGACCAAUUAAUGCGAAUCUCUAUCAGAGAUAAUGAGGGGUUCCAGCCACGCAGAGCUGUGAAUAGGUGGUGGAUCAGUGGCAACAGUAGCAAAAGGCCAGAUGUCGCCCCAUAUGGACCGAGGCAUUAACUUUGGAUGAUAUAACUGAUAUAAAAAAAAAUACUCUUUACACUCAAUUGUGUUACAAUGUUGCUUUGAAGUUUUUAGUUAAAAUAAAAAAAGAAAACUUGUAUUGCGAGUUGGAAAUAAAAAAUGCGAGUUGAAAUAUUAACAACUAGCAAUUUUUUGCGAGUUGAAAAAAAAAAGUA